AUGCAACCAGAGUCCAUCAUCAAUGGGACUGAUGCUUUUAUUGCCAUACAUCCUUGUUAUGAAUCUGAUAACACAUCUUUAACAUUUACAAGCAGCCCUUCUUUAAUAUGUGUCUCGGUGUAUUUUCUUCUUGGUUUGCUUACUGUCGCUACAAUAUGCGGGAACCUCCUCGUGAUCAUCUCUGUCGUUUACUUCAAACAGCUUCACACUCCGACGAACUAUCUCAUUUUAUCUCUGUCUGGGGCUGACCUGCUUGUGGGCGUUUUAGUUUUUCCUUCCAGCAUGGCCUUUACUGUCACCUCUUGCUUGUAUCAUGAGGAUUUAGUUUGCAAAGUACGAGACAGCUUUGAUAUAGUACUUUGUACUACCUCUAUUCUGAAUUUAUGCUGCAUUUCCAUUGAUAGGUAUUAUGCAGUGUGUCAGCCUUUAACGUACAGAUCAAAAAUCAAUGUUCAGGUAGCUUUAAUGAUGAUUGUCGCGUGCUGGGGGAUUUCUGCAUUGAUAGCGGUUGGUAUUAUAUUUGGAGGAUUUAGCCAAGGAGCAUGUGAGGAAAUGUGCUCUGUGGAUAUCGUUUUGGCACACACAAUGGGCCCCGUUUUGGGGUUUUACCUCCCUGCAGUCAUUAUGAGCUGUAUCUACCUGAAGAUUUUCUUCGUGGCUCAGAGACAGGUGAACAGCCUCCAGAGUGUGAAAUCUUUGAAUAAAAUGGAGAGAAAAGCCACCAAAACUCUGGCGAUUGUUAUGGGAGUCUUCCUGGUAUGCAUGACACCUUACUUUUUUUCCGUUGUCUUUCAGCCGCUAUUCCACAGUCCUCCAUCAAUCGCUGUGAUUGAAACACUAAACUGGCUCACAUUAUCCAAUUCAAUGCUGAAUCCAUUUAUUUACGCUUUCUUUUACAACUGGUUCCGCUCUGCUUUCAAAAUGAUUAUAACUGGGAAAAUAUUUCAAGGGGAUUUUACCAAUAUCAAUUUAUUCUGA